AUGUCUGGACGCGGUAAAGGAGGCAAAGUUAAGGGAAAGGCAAAGUCUCGUUCGUCUCGUGCUGGUCUCCAGUUCCCAGUAGGUCGUAUUCACCGUCUACUGCGAAAGGGAAACUAUGCUGAACGUGUCGGUGCUGGUGCUCCCGUAUAUCUGGCAGCUGUGAUGGAAUAUCUGGCUGCUGAAGUGUUGGAAUUGGCAGGAAAUGCUGCCCGUGACAACAAGAAGACCAGAAUAAUUCCGCGUCAUCUUCAAUUGGCCAUCCGUAACGAUGAGGAGUUGAACAAACUUCUGUCUGGUGUCACCAUCGCCCAGGGAGGUGUUCUGCCAAACAUUCAAGCCGUUUUGUUGCCCAAGAAGACCGAGAAGAAGGCUUAAACAAUCAUUCUAUUCCAACAAGCAAAACACCGUCCUUUUAAGGACGAACAAAUUUGUGCAAGAUGAGUUAGAAUUUAAAUAUAUAUUUUUUUCAGAGUAGCGGCUACUCGAAAAAUCCGGAAGAAUUUCAGGGACAUUAAAUAUUCUUUAGGAAAACUCAGGAAUAUUAGGGAAUUUGAAAGUAAUCCGGGAAAAUUUCAGUGGUUUUAGAUAUUUUAAGGCAAUUAGUUGCGUUUUGAAUUUAUUUUAGUGCAUUCAAUGACGUCAGUUGAAUUUUAUAUUGGCACAACUCAAAAUGUUUACUUUCGAGGAGAACUCGUUUGAAAAUUUGCAUUUAAAUCUUUUUGUUAUUCUG